AUGCAGAAUGCCACACCAGCAGAAGAGCCGUCAAUAGCGUCUAUGCGCUACAAAUCGUCUCGUUUGUACAUGAAUGCGAAGGGCGAGUUGGUUCAGAUUCGGGAUCCAGCAACUGAUGUCAAACAGGAAAUCUCUCCAGUGAUGGAGCAAUCAUCUAGCCAGGAAAGUGAUAUGGAACGGCAGAAUCUACAGAGCACAUCCUCUUCAAGGGUUGGGGCCAAAUGGUGGCUGGUACUGCUUUGCUUCGUAUUCUUGUGGUAUAUGCGACCCAGUGGUGAGACUGACCGCCAGAAAUUGCUAGAAACAAACCAGGCACCGAAAGAUUUGCGAACGAGAAUCCAGAGGAAUCGAGACUCGGAAUUUGCAUUUAUGCAAAUGUUAGCUUACGAGAUGACCAAGAGAUCGAAUAUAGAUCCGAUGGCAUUGGGGUGA